UGCUGCAAAAAAGAUUCUGUAAAACGCCGUCCCAGAAUGCCACGAACGCCUUGAAUCACGUGGUGCAUUCGUUUGCGGCAUUUUCGGUUCGUUUGUGUUACGUUGUGUAGUCUCUCGCUUCGAGUUGUAAGCCAAGAAAAAGUGAGCGACGGACCGAGCAUGAGUCGUGUGAAAGUACUAAAGAAAGUAUCGGCUGGUUUCCAAACUGACAUGGAAACGCUGUUGCGAAAGUUUACGGCGGAGGAAAGUAUUCGGUACAAUGCCUUCUCCAAAGUCUGGAGGGAGAUGAAGUUCUCCUUGGUGUUUUGUGGCCGGAAGGACAGGGAACUUCGUCUCUUCUUCGAAGAAAUAGUUCCCAUCAUACUGCAGUUGUGGCUUCCCACUUGCUCGUUCCGAGAGAGAGUGUUCGGGCUUUACAUGCUGUAUGCUGUCUACGCUGUCCAGCCGAUCUCGCCGAAAUUGAAGGUUAGACUCAGGCUUGCAGACUGGGAGCAGUCGGAGGUGCUCCUGCGGAUUGCGACCAGAGAGCAGCACCUGGAUGUUUGCUACAUCCUCCACAGAAUGCGCUUGGAGAAUUGUUUUCACCACGUGGCACUCUUGAGACAGAGGAGCCCUGUGAUGUACCAUGGUGAAGACGAAGAUAUCCAGAUGAUUGUAGAAGCGAACGCCAAGGUGUUUGGUCCAAUGGAAAAGAUGACUAAAAAUGGCAUAUUCCAGCAACUGCAGCUGAUUCAUCAGCAGUACAUGGCAAUGAAAGCUGUUCAAGAAAAGCCUGAGGUAAGAGAUCUGGCCUUCGUCAAAGAGGAUGUCUACGACAGCAUUUGCAGAGAAGUGUCCGUGGUUCAGCUUGAGUACCGAAGUCAGCAGAUUCGGGCCGCAGCUAGCGCAAGCCGCAAGGAAAGAGGAAGUUCUGUUGGAGGGGAGACAGUGGGGGCAAGGCGUGAAAAUCUGCGAGCCCAGCAGUUCAGUACGGUGACGAAGACUCGCCGGGGAAAGCGCUACGAAGAACUCAUGUCCGAUGUGUCCACGAGCCUGUGCCAAGACGAAGGUGCUCCAGAGCCUGCGGAGAGCAGCGGCCCCCCUGCAAAGCGUGCGAGGAGGAAGUUUGCAGCAACAAAAAAGUCUCAGGAAUCCAGGCCUACUGGUGCUUCUAAACGUGGUGCUUCUAAACCAACUAGAGGAGGGAAGAAAUCAAGCGGCAAGAAAACAAGCAAAAAACUGACUAGGAACAGCUGUUCAGAACCUUAUAUAUAAGGUUUUAUUCCGGACAUCGUAAGACUCUUAAAUUGUGGCAAGGCGCACAAUUUCUAUUGCAUUUAUUCAUUUCAUCAAUUUGGAGUCAUGCGGCGUGGUAUGCCAAUGAAGUUUUAAUAGCUGGUUAUUUUAUUUUGUUAAUGCCUCUCAUUGUAUCCUUCUCAUCAUCUCACCUUUUUUCUAGUCAGCACUGUCUGUGUAUAGUUUUGUACAUAAGUCAUGCACAUUGCUGGAAUGCCUGACACUUUUUUGUCCCAUGUUUUCAUUUUGUCUUCAUUUCAUUGAAGUUCCUACAAUAAAAUCUGUACUGUUCCAUUCCUGC